AGAACAACAACAGUGUGACAUCCAGCGGAAGUAAACAACACAAGCGCUAGUAGCGUUAGCUGCAUUCAUUUAUUGAAUCGGCUGGAAGACGAUAUUGUACUCGUAGCGCAGCUAAUUAUUUCAUUUGUAUUUAAACAGCAAUGUCUUCAGUCGAGUAUUUGAGGGAGUUUGUCAACGAGCGACUAACUGCUGCUGCUGAAGAAAUAUUCGGAGUUUUUAAAAAAACUAUCGUCGGGUACGAGGAAGAAAUCGAUCGUCAGCGGAGACUGCUGGAUAUCGUUUGGAAACCUGCAAUAAAGUUAAGCAGGAUAGAGCUCCCACAGCAACAUGUCUGUACGGAGGAGGAGGUUCUGGCUGACCAGCAGCUCUGUAUUCAGGAGAGGAACUCCAGUCUGGACCAAGAGGACCCAGAGCCUCCACAGAUUAAAGAAGAACAGGAGGAACUCUGCAUCAAUCAGGAGGGAGAGCAGCUUGUACUGAAGCAGGAGACUGAUGCCUUUAUGUUGGCUCCUACUUAUGAGGAAAGUGACCACAGUGAACCAGAACCAAACAGGGACCAGCAGCUCGUCUCUCACAACUUUCAUGUAGCUGAGAGCCAAGAUCAGAAAGGAGGCAAGCAUGGAGACUCAGGAUCAACUAGAGAUCCAGAAUCAAAUAAUCAACAUCACAAAAGUGAAAGUCACAGUAACAAUGUAUACAAUCCUACCAUGUUAAACAUACACCACCCGACUGAAACAGGUAAAAAGUUAUUAAAAUGUGAUACUUGUGGAAAAGAUUUUCAGUAUAAGUCAACAUUGCAGAGACAUGUGAGAACCCACACAGGUGAGAAGCCAUAUUCUUGCAGUUUCUGUGGAAAAAGAUUCAGUAAGACAUCAGAAUUGAAGGCUCAUACAAGAAUCCACACAGGUGAGAAGCCAUAUUCAUGCAAAAUAUGUGGGAAAGAUUUCAGACUUAGAGAUGUCUUCAAAGUCCACAUGAGAACGCACACAGGUGAGAAGCCGUACGUUUGCCAGACCUGCGGGAAAAGAUUCAUUGACAUUUCAGCAUUGAAAAGACACAUGAGAAUCCACACAGGUGAGAAGCCAUAUUCUUGCGAAACAUGUGGGAAAGAUUUCAGAUUUAGGUGUGCCUUGACAGUCCACAUGAGAAGAGCCCACACAGGUGAGAAGCCGUACCUUUGCAAGAUCUGCGGGAAAAGAUACGUUGAUGCGUCUCAUUUGGCAAAGCAUAUAAGAUCACAUACAGGCAAGUAGCCUUAGAUCUGCAAAAUAUGUCUUGUGUGGUCAAAACACACAAGAACUCAAGGAAGUGAGGAGCCACGUAAUUGCAACACUUGUGGGAAAAGUUUUACUCAAGUCACAUACUUGAAAAAACACCUGAGGAUCAAUAUACACAGGAGAAACCAUCGAGCUGAAACUCCUGUGGAGACGUGUUCACCUACUGAAUGAAAUACACUUUUGCAAUAGCCCCAUCUCUGUAAUUCUGUAAUUUAAUGUAUACAAUUUCUCAUUGAGGUGUCUUAGUGUAAUUAAGUAGUACAUUGUCAACACUGCCAUCAAGUUUUGUUAAACUAACCUUCAUAUGACUAUUAGUAUUCUGUUAGAAACAGUAUUUCUCUGAAACAAUCGUAAUCCGACAAAUUGAGGAAAAUGUUAGUUUCAGUGAGUACACAGUAGUGGCUGUUAAAGUAGUAUUUGAUAGUUCUGUAUGAAGCCUCAUACACAUCUGUCAAUAGUACUGUUCAUAAUGUAAGAUAGAGCAUCACUAUGCUGAAGUACUAACUUAUACUUGCAUGUAUCUGUAAAUGUUACUAUUGUUUUGCACUUCUGGUUAGAUGCUAACUACAUUUCAUUGGUUUUGUACCUGUAUUCUGCACAAUGACAAUAAAGUUCAAUCUAAUAAAA